GAGACAAAACAGACAGAGAGAGAGAAAGAGGAGUGUGAGAGUGGAGGGGAGCUGCGAGAAACAGAAAACUGAGAUUGGAUUGAAAGAAGGAAGCGACGGGUUGAGACAGCCCCUGAAACUGAAACACUUAAUCAGCUGUUUGUCAGCUCUUCUAUUGCCAUGGAUACGCUAUCCCAGAAUCUACACUGAGGCCCAAACCAGAACGGAAGACAGAGGAGAGAGAGAGAGGAAGAGAAAGAGGAGAAAAGGGCAGUAAACCUUGAUUUAAGUACAGAGAAAGAGUGUGUGGCAGAGAAAGAAAAAGGAGAGCGUCAAAAGGUGGGGGAGUGGAGGCGCCCCUCUCUCGCAGUUGAGUGAGAGGACGAGCGGGGGAAAGGAAGAAAGGAGCAAAACAGAGUCAGGGAAGAAGGGAGAAGAGUCAGCUGUUUGGCCAUGGGGCUGUGUGCUGUUCUCCUGAUCUGCCUCUCCCAGGCACAGUUGGGGAGAGCUUGGGCACAAAGGCAAACAGAUGCACCGAGUGGGUCGCCAUUGCGGACAGACAGGGAUGCGUCCGGGUUGCACAGAAUUGGAGGUGACCCGCACAAACAUGGACAGAGACGAGUGGCUCGCGACACACUGGGUGGAGGAGUUGCAAUGAAUACCCUCCCUGACAACAUGACCCAUGUGGUGGACUCUCAGCGGUACUACAGCUGGCACAGUUUCGGCCCAGAGGACAGACGAACAGAAGAUUUGUGGGUUGAUCUGAAUGCCCUGCAGCAGGGCCAAGUCAGGAUCCAUGGCAUACUGUCCAAUGCACAUCGACAGGCAGCGAGGGUGGCACUGUCAUUUGAUUUCCCCUUCUAUGGGCAUUACCUGAGACAAAUCACCAUAGCAACUGGCGGGUUCAUCUUUACAGGGGAUAUUACUCAUCGAAUGCUCACCGCCACACAGUACAUUGCACCCCUAAUGGCUAACUUCGACCCCAGUUUCUCCAAAAACUCAACAGUGAGGUACAUGGACAAUGGCAACCUAUUUGUGGUACAAUGGGACAAGGUGUUGCUACAGGGUCUGGAGGCCGAAGGACCUUUUACUUUCCAGGCAAUCCUCCAGAGCAAUGGGACUAUUGUUUUCAACUACAGAGUUGUACCUCUACCAGUGGAGAGGAUUCACUCCACAGAGCAUCCAGUUAAAGUGGGCCUGUCUGAUGCUUUCAUGGCUAUGCUCCCCUCCUCACAGCUUUCAGAUGCAAGACGCAGCACUAUCUACGAGUAUCACCGUGUUGAGAUCGACACCACAAAGAUUGUUACCCGAUCUGCUUUUGAAUUCACACCACUGCCUACUUGUCCUCAACACACAACCUGCGAUCUCUGCCUCACAUCCAACUUGACAACUGGCUGUGGCUGGUGCAACACACUUCAACGGUGCUCUGAUGGAAUCGACCGCCACAGACAAGAGUGGCUUGAUUACAACUGCCCUGAAGAGGCAAAGGGCACAUGUGAGGACUACAAUCCGGAGGGACCUGAGGGAUCAAUGGGGUCCUUCAACAACUCCUCCCCAGGUCCAACACCCUCUUCCGCCGUGCUUGAAGACCACCCAUUUACGGAGGGUAAAAUUAUGACUUGUUCUGAGCUCAUAAAUUAUGGAUUUGCAGACAGGCCCUCCGAAUCACACGGCGAUAACAGAGAAUACGGCCAUUAUUGCGGGUGUAGUCGCUGCCCUCGUUCUGCUGGUAGCCCUGACCCUGCUGGCUGUCUACUACAUCAACACACACCCCACAGUUGCUCCACCUUUCUACCUCAUGCAGCGACGCACUAAUAACUACUGGCCUUCUAUGAAGUUCCGCAACCAGGGCUGUCACUCAAGUUACGCUGAGGUUGAGCUUGGGGGUCAUGAGAAAGAGGGUUUCAUCGAGGCUGAGCAAUGCUGCUGAGGGGACUGGAACUCCAAAAGCACUGUCAGACAAAGUAAGGGCACCAUCUUGAGGACUGCCAAGGGAUUACAAACAGACAAACGGAAGACGAGGCCAACUCUGGUGGCUGGACAUCUACUCUAACUGUUUAUGUCGCUCUUGCCAGAUUUCUCUGUCUCUUGCUGUUUGUCAUCUCACAGCUCUCCAUAUUGCCUGGGGGAUGGAGGGUAGAGAAAAUCCAACAGGAGGCUGACUCUAAAUUUCAUGUGGGAUGGUCAAGAGCGAUUGUCUAACUGUUGAAAACCCACCAAGAUACAGGAGAAGUCAGGGAAAGAAACUUACUAGCCUUCAUACUGCAAACCAAUGUACAAUUUAACUCUGCUAUGUGAUUUUUUUUUUUAUCCAGUUUGUUUGUUUUAUGAAGUGUGUAUGUGGCUGUUUCUAAAAACUGCAAUAUCCAUGUUGAAUUCACUAUAACAGAUACACAACUAUAUAAAUGAUAGCAAUUAUAGUUAUAAUCUUGAAUGGUCCUGGAGAACCAGGGUUUUCUUUGAACCUUUUUGCUUAAACAUCUUCCAAUAAAUACAUGUGGUCGGUUUUGAUA